UUAGUUUUAUUUAUCAAACCUGUAUUUUAGUCAGAAUGCAGCUCCGGCAGAUCGCCGCCGUGGUGUUCUUCAUCGCCGCCGUUCAAGCGCAUAAUAUUACGGAAAUACUUGAGAACUCGCCGGAAUUCUCCAUCUUCAACCGUUACCUUACAGCUACUCACGUCGCCGAUGAAAUCAACCGAAGGGAGACGAUCACGGUCUGCGUAGUGAACAACGCCGGCAUGUCGAAUCUAAUCGGAAAACACUUAUCGAUCAAUUCAAUGAAGAACGUUCUCUCAUUUCAUGUUCUUUUAGAUUACUUUGAUAACCUAAAGCUUCACGAUCUAGCGAACGGUACGGCUUUAACAUCGACGGUGUUUCAAGCUACCGGUUCGGCUCAAGGAGCGUCAGGAUUCGUUAACAUUACGGAUCUGAAAGGAGGUGUAGUAUCGUUUGGAACGAUGGAUAAUGGAGGAAAGACUGAUGCGGUUUAUGUCAAGAGUUUGAAGGAGAUUCCGUAUAAUAUUUCUGUUAUUCAUAUCAGUAAUGUAAUCUCAUCGCCUGAUGCUGAAGCUCCGAUGCCGACUACGGGAGGAAUGAAUCUUACUUCGGUUAUGUCAGCUCAUGGAUGCAAAAUCUUCGCUGAAACGUUACUAGCGGCAAUAGAUGCAGAGAAGAUGUUCAACGAGAAUGCUGAAGUCGGAUUGACGGUUUUCUGUCCCGGAGAUGAUGCGUUUAAGAAAUUCUUACCGAUAUAUAAGAAACUAAAUAAGGAUCAGCAACAAUCAUUGAUGGAAUAUCACGCUACGUCAGUGUUUCUCACGAUGGAUAAUUUGAAAUCUAGUAACGGAAUGAUGAACACGCUUGCUACGAGUGGAGCGAAUAAGUAUGAUUUUGAGGUGAAGAAUGAAGGUAAUGAUGUGACGUUGAAGACGAAGGUUGUGACGGCGAGGAUUACUGGAACCCUAAUUGAAGAACAGCCGGUUGCGAUUUAUACGAUUGAUAAAGUUUUGUUGCCAAGGGAGUUGUUUAAAGUUAGUUUGGCGCCUACUCCGGCGCCGUCGCCGGAACCUGUGGCGGAUUCGCCGAGAUCUCCGUCGCCUCCAUCGCCGGAUUCUCCGGCGCCGUCGCCGUCGCCGUCGACGGACGAUGAUCAGGCGGCAGCUGAUAGUAACUCAGCCGAUAGGUUUGGUGGGGGAAGAUUUAUUUUUGGGGUUUUUGGUUUGUGGUUGUUCAAUUUAAUGAUUUAAU